ACUUAUUUAAGAUUUUUAGUAAAAUCUGAUUCUUGUCUCUUCUGUUAUUUCAAAUUGUGUAUUUACAACUGGAUUAGAGGUACCUGACCAAUUUUGGUGUGAAAUCCUUUCAUCUUCUUUGAAAUAGGGUAAUAAUUAGAUAUUUUCAUGCUUAUUUGUUUAUGAGGCUUUGUUCUGAACCAUGAAAGUAUAAAGUUCAUGGUUAACAUUUGUAUUAACAGAUAUUGAAUUGAUAAAAUACCGAAUAGGUAUGAAUGCAUUGUUUUCUAAGGAUGACUCCAGACACAAAAAAUAAAAUGUUGCAAAGAAAAGAUUUAGUCUUUCAUUAGUAUCAAAUAAUUUUCUCUAAAACACCUUAGUUUAAUUGAUGGAAUUUAGAACUCAUUCUGGAAUCUUAUACUUGUAAUUUAAAUUAUAUUCAGCUAAAUUAUCUUUCUUCAAAAAGCAUGAGUUUAUUUGCCAAUAAGAAUUGUAGAAAAAUACUACCUUAUAUUUCAGAUUUGGGGCUACCUAUAUAUUUUCUGCUUGCUCUCAAUCUAGGUACACCCCCAGAAAUAUUUAAAGAAGAAAGUCGGUCAGGAUGUGUUCCACCUACAAGUCUUGAAGCCAGUGGUUUGAAGAAGAGCAGCUGGGGCUUCUUAAUUACUGGGAUUGUUGGUGGGACACUGGUGGCUGUGUAUGCCGUGGCUACUCCAUUUAUAACACCGGCCCUCCGGAAAAUCUGCUUGCCUUUCGUACCUGCAACUACAAAGCAGAUUGAAAAUGUUGUGGCAAUGUUGCGAAGCAGAAGAGGACCUCUGGUGGACAUCGGUAGUGGCGACGGUCGGAUUGUGAUAGCAGCUGCAAAGGAAGGAUUCACAGCUGUUGGCUAUGAAUUAAACCCAUGGCUAGUUUGGUACUCCAGGUACCGCGCCUGGCGAGAAGGGGUACAGCACUUGGCCAAAUUUUAUAUUUCAGAUUUGUGGAAGGUUACUUUUUCGCAGUACUCAAAUGUUGUUAUUUUUGGGGUGCCUCAGAUGAUGCUGCAGUUGGAGAAGAAACUUGAGCGUGAACUUGAGGGUGACGCUAGAGUCAUUGCUUGCCGGUUCCCUUUCCCCCACUGGACCCCAGACCAGGUCACCGGAGAGGGGAUAGACACUGUGUGGGCUUAUGACGUGAGCACUUUGAGAAGGCGUGAAAAGAGGCCCUGAAGGUCGAUGCAUUUUCAGUCUGUCAUUUGAAUAUAAAAGUUAUUGAGAGUGUUUUUCUGUCCUGUUGGUGGUCUUUGAUUUUAUGGAGACUUGUAGCUGUGUGUUUAGCAAAGAGUGUAUUUUUGUUUGCCAUGGUGGAGAAAUUACUGUUAUUUUCCUUAAUUUUUGGAGAAAACAAGUUAAGAACAGCAGGUAGAUUUAAAGUCUCCUUUCAUGAUAUAUUGUAAAAAAUGUGCUUACAGCUUUUCAUGCACUUGGAUGUAUGAAAAUAGGCAUAAGUGAUGGAUGUUGAUGGGUGGGAAAGAUGUGGACAACUCUUCACAUGAUAGAGAAUGUGAUUUAAUGCCGCAGAUGAGAAGAAACAGUUUUAAAGACGUGUGUAUUAGUGUUUGCAAUUUCCUAUAACUUUUUCAUACUGAAGAUUUAUCUCUUUCUUCUCUAUAGGUCACGACAAAAUUAAUUUUCUAAGGGAUUUAGAGAGACAUUUAUAUUUUAUAGCAUUUAUUAGAAAUACUUUGUUCCUAGGCUUGAGGAUUACUGUAUUUUAUGGACUCUAAGAUGACUAUGUGUGUGUGUGUGUAUGUGUGUGUAUAAAUAUUUUAACAUUUCUGAAGAAAUUGUGAGGUUUCUUCCAGCUGAUGGUGUUUUAUAGCUGUAACGGACAGUGUUGUACGUAAUCAACUACCAUUGAUAGAAUCUCAGAUUUGAUGAAAUAGAGCCUUCAGAGAAGAUACAUGAUGCAGUGGAGUGGUUGGCAAUGAUUUAAUAGUAAAAUAAAUGAUCGUGAACUUCGGGGUAAGCCAGACCUGGGUUCAGAUCCUUGCUGAACCCUCAGCAGGAGGCCUUGGACAGUGACUUGCGCUCUCAGAACCUUGGUUUCCUGAGUAUCCCUGUCAUUGAGAUAAUGAUGUACUGAACAUGGGGACUGAUUUGUAAAACUCACAGUAUUUAGUCUUUGGUCUGUAAAUUAUAUUUAUUAUUAAUUUAGAUGCUGAUGAAAAGCUUAUUCACAGAAGGUGCAGAUUAUUUCUGCUAGUCACUAUUUUAUGAAAGCAGCCAUUUAUUUAAUCACAUUUAUGAGAAGAGACUUGACCAAAUUUAGAUAAAGACAAGUUAAGGAAAACCUUUGAAUUUGAGUAGACAGGCUUCAUAUAUCUGAAAAAUUAAUAUUGAAUGGUGGCUCGGCUAAUCCCUGCUUAUCACAGAAAAGAAUUGAACUCCCAGCCAUACAACUUGUAACCUAAAUACCAAACUGCCUUAGAGAUCCGAUAAAGUUGAUGGUUUGUGUCUUUUACUAAACUGAUAAAAAUGUGAUCAAUUUGAUAAUUUUUAUUUAAAUGAGAAGUAACUGGGAACUCAUUAAUUCACUCAGCAAAUAUGGAGUGUCUACUGUGUAAUAGCUUUUCUGAUUCAAUGGUGAAUGGACAGGCAAAGCCCCUAAUCUUAGGGAAUUUAUAUUCUGGAAGCGGGAGACAAAGAAAUAGGUGAGUAAAUGUUGGUAUGUGUGAAGUUCUUGGAAAGGUAGCAGUGUGAUAGUACAGAGAGCAACUGCAACUGUGGGUUGUGGGUGAGGGGAUGGGGUGUUGUGGACAUCUGUCAGGGUCGUGGCUACCACUCUCUCCCCCAUUCUCACCAGGUGAAUGCUCUGCUCUGCUGUGCAGCUUUGCUGCCUGCCCCUCGCUGUCACCUUGCUCUGGUCAGCCCUGAAACUUGCCCGGCAUGCUUGGAGAGAGAUGCAUUGUAGCUCACUGCCAGGGCGGUGGUGGGCAGACGCAGAUGUAUUCCAGGUGGAUUUGUAGAGGCAUCAGGUUCUAUGCAGGGUCAUGUAUAAUUUGCCACUUUUGGGGUUUCUCCUUCAGUUUCUCAAGAAUUAGAUGAUGCUUGAUCCUGCAACCUCAAAGUUUCAUAGAAGUAUUGUGAUUCACGGAACCUGCAAUAUCUUCAACCGUUUUUUAAAAUUGUGCCUUUAAGUAAGAACUAUUCAAUGAGGUUUGUUCCUGUAGAGGUUAUUGUGGCUUCCCUGACUGGCUGGUUUGAAUUUUUAUCAGUUACUAGGUUGAGGAUAUGAUCAAAUUUGCACAUGACACAAGGAAGAGAAUGGCAGCUACCAUGUUUGAUGUCAAAAGUAGGGCUCAGAAAUGUCUGUGCAGAUUGAAAUCAGGGAUGAGUACUAAUCUGGUAAAAUUUAAAUUGAAAAAAACAAACAGAAAUAGAAAUAUAGCUUCAGGUGAUGCAGCCUGACAGGAGCCAUUGUGAACAGAGACCUGCAGGGCCCAUCCAGGUCAGUGACUUGAGCUCAUUGCCAUCUGAAUGCGUCUUUCCCAAAAGUAUGGCCCCAGGAUUGCAACCUAGGUAUUCCAGGUGCGCCUCAUGAGACCCUCAGUCAGUCUGGCAUUCAGAUUCCUUGAAAUGCUUAGCUUCACAUGUGUACAUGAAACCAAGUUUAAAAGAUUUAAGAAAUGAGACUCUUUUCUAUGUACACUGUGUUUACCACUGCUGAGUGAGUGGCAUACACCAUGACAAGUUUUAACCAAACAGAAUAGAAAAAAUCCAAGAUUCCUGACAUUUAAACCACAUAUCCAGGUACUUCCUCUCUGCCAAAGUACUUUCCCCGAUGGCCGAAUGUAUGAAAGACCUGCUGUAAAGAAAUAAAUGUUCUCAAGUCCAGGAGUCUUCUAAGCUUGUGCUACAAUCUGAAUUUCCUAGCUCGGGCUUGGCUUAGUGCAUUCCAGGAAAGACCUCUGAGUCAUUGCAGUGUAUGCUACAGGAGUCUACUUAAGUCUCAACAGACAAACAAGAAACACAUAGUUUGGUUGUGUGGUGUGUCUUUCACUUAUUAGGGCCACAGUGUGCCCAGCUCUUCAUUAAGAUGUUGAUGUGAUCUAGGCCACAGUGGCGAAGUCUGCAGGCCUCUGACCCGGGCCACCUGUCCCGGAGCAGGGGACACCAGGGCGCCUGCCAAAGGAGGGGUGCAGACACUGCUCCCUCCUACCUAACAGUCAUUGCCCCUCUUCCUUAGUAACAGAAUACCCAGUUUUUCGGACAUUGAUGUGUUCAGAACGAUGGGCUCUGCUGGUUGUUUGGUCCCCUUUCUUGGGCAUCGGAGUGGGUUGUGGGCAUGUGACCCAGUUCUUGCCAGUGAGGUUUGAGGGACAUCUGCUGGGAGCUUUGAGAAAGGUUUUGUUGCUGAUGGAAGGAGCUGCUGGCGGAGUGAGCGGUAACACCUGAAGUUUUAGCAGCUACCUUGCAACCACCAGGGAAAGUGAAUGCCAAGCUACUAAGGCUGGUGGAGCAGAAAGAUGGAAAGACUGUGGGUCUUUGAUGAUGCCACUGAGUUGCUGAACCAACCUGGAGCCUCUGACUUCAAGACAUCUUGUUAAGUGAGGUAAUAAACACAUGUUGUUUUUAAUCUG